UUUCGUUAGGUUGAUUUUCACCAAGGUCGCCAAAAUGGCUGACUCAAAGGCUCCUGCAAAGGUGUCAACUGUAAGAGUGCCAGUACCACCGAUUCCUCAAAUCGAAACACCUUUGCCAAAUGAGAAGGUAUGGGAGUACCAACAGCGGGUUCAAAAAGUUUUAGCUAACAGAGGUAGUAGGUAUCCAGCAUUUUGUAUUGAACCAAUGCCAUGGGAAAGGCAAAGACUCCAUAAACCGAUGACAGCAGAGGAUCGUUUUCUAAGGAAACAGUGGCUCUUAGACCAAAAUUUAUCGCCCAACGAACCGAGAUCUGUUCCAGCUUCACAACCUAUGUUCGCUGCGAGACGUAUAUUAAGAAUGCCAUGGGAUACAGCGGAAGUGAUGAUGGCUAAAGUAAUAGGUUCUUGGCCAGCAAAUGUUAUAAGAAGAUGUGUUCCUAAAGUACUAACUGGAGGAGCGGUGUCUCUUUAUGCGCUGUAUCUGAUUUACUACACCCCAAAGAACUGGGAGAAACACACUGGUGUAAUUGUAUAUGGCGGUAAACUACCUAAAUAUCCAGGUGAGGAUCACAGUAAAAUGUUUCCAGACCCUGUAAAGUUUCAUACAAGAAGAUUUGAGGAGAGGACAAGUCAUUUUAAUGCCAAGACCAGUGCAGCUGGACAGUGAAACUAAACUAAUAGAAAACAUUUAAACAUCUAACUAAGAUGAAUGUAUCUUUUCGAUUCAGGCAUUCAUGACUAUUUAAUUGAUGACAUUGUUGAAAUCAUAGCAAGUCUUAUUUAUUUAUUGAAAUUGCUGAGAUCUAUAUUUAGAUGACUUUGACAUUAAACAAUGUGAAAGAAAAAUUUACAUAGACAUGAUGUGCUUGAUCAGUACACUAGAUUUGAAGUAUACAAUGUUUGAAUAUUUAGAUAUAUGAUAGCUAUAAUGUGCGGUUUGUUUUGUAAAAACUAAAAAAAAGAAAGAAAAAAA